UCGCAGUGGACAUGGGUCAGGAGUCUCUGGACAACACAGGACAGGAAACCUUUACAGACAUAAGCUGGAAUGUGAGGAGGGAGUCAGACCCCUUCAAUGUAAUCAAUAGCUCAGCGCACCAGUCAACACCACCACCACCUCAACACUCAGUGCACCAGUCAACACCACCACCACAGAGUCCAGUGUUUGACAUUAAUAUGGGCUUCCCCUAUUCACAUGCCAGCAGUGGUGGAGAGCCUGGAGGUCACCUCCUCUUCAAGCCAACCUUCAGAGUUGGCCAUGAAACAGGGCCAAUUCCUUGCACACCGGCUCAGCUACAUGGCCUAUUGCUUUUGGAAAACCUAAAGCAGCAGGUUGCCCAACUUGCCACCACCGUGAACCUGCUCAUGGCCAAGGUCAAUAACGGCCUCCAACCAGCAGCCUUUGAGUGGUCCGGGGAAUUUCAAUUCCCUCUGGAAUCAGAUGCAGAGCUGGACCGCUUUGAGGCCUGGCUGGCGGACCCUGCCAACGAUAGGCAGAAACAUGCCCUUGUGAAUACCCUGUCUGCUGUCGGGGGUGUGGAUUUGAAGAGGGUGACAUGGAACAUUCUGUCAUACCUGUUUUCCUGCCCCCUUUCUCGAACAAUUAAUUGGAAGGGUGUGAACAAGAAGAGGGCCUUCCACAGGAUGGCAUCACGUACCCUCCUCAGCCGUGCACUGACAGUCAGUGCAACAGAAGCAGAAAUAUGGAGGCAUUCAAUUAGGUGGUUUGCCCUUUCGGCGGACAGGAGCGGAGGGCGCCAGGAGAGACUGGCGCGUCAGCAGCAGGAGCAACAGCAACAGCUGCCACAGCACCCACAUAUUGAUUUUGUUUAAGUGCAUAUUUUUUUUUUGUUUUUUUUUUUUGUUAAUAGCCUGUGCGUUUUUUUUAUCCAUUAAUUCUGUGUUUGUUGUUGACUGUGUUCUUUGUUAAUUGUAGACUUUGUUCAUUACUUUGUUGUUCAUUUUUUAUAAUUAA